UCUAUGUCUUUGAUGUCUACCACCUGUUGCUCGUCCCGAUGUUUGCUUAGCUGAUUCCAGUUGGUGAUCUUCAUUUGGUGACCGGCAUUGUGUUCCUGCGGACCGCCUUCUGCUUCUAUGGAAAUAAGUUGUGCUGCGCAGACCACCAUGUCACCCGAGGAAAAGAGCACUGGCGCGGAGUACUGGAGGCAUCGCUGGGCAAACCACAUCAUUCCUUUUCACAGGCCUUCCCUUCAUCCGUACCUUAGAGAAUUUGGAGAUCACUUCAGAACGUCCAAGAAAGAACUUCGUGUCUUUUUUCCCAUGUGCGGAAAAAUGCGCGAGAUGAAAUGUAUUUUGUUUAUUCACAGGUUCUACGAAAUUGGUCACGCUGUCAUCGGUGUAGAAAUCACGCGACAAGCGAUCGAUGAAUUUUUCUCUGAAAACAACCUCACGGCCACGGAAAGUUAUUGCUCCACCACCAAGUGUAAUAUUCUUCAGACACUGGACAAGCGACUGACCGUGUACUGCUGCGACGUAUUUGAUUUCAUGCACUCGAAACCCAGUCUGAUGGACGUGGUGUUUGAUCGGGCAUCACUGUGCAUCAUGGAGUCACAGGUUGAUCGGCAAAGGUACGCAAAGCUGAUGAAGUCUGUGCUGGCGCCAGCGUACACGUACGUCCUCAUUACUUUCAAACAUGAUGACCAAAGUUACAAAGGUGUACCCAGAAACGUGAGCGACUGCCAUGUGACGGAACUUUUCGGAGAGAACACAACGCUGAAGAAACUUAGCGAACUACAAGAAAUCACCGUCCCAGGCAUAAAGAGCCCUGUGAUUGAAGUCACAUGGCUCAUGACAGGCUAAUCAGGAAACCCCACAUCAGAUGUGAUCCGGAUCAAGGCUUUCUGCACAUUGCCGUUUGAGGAAAGACCUUUGAAUUUAAAUGACUUUUUUUUCGCACAACAUAGCGUUAACUCAAUGGGAAAGUAACAUCGACAGAAUGCUGUAAAAAUAAUGGACAGUGGACAUAGGCUAAUAAGAAUAUGCUUAAACAUACCUUGCGUAAAUUACGUAUACAGCGAAAAAUAAAUGGCGAGCAGCGUUAUACGGAACUACCGUUGACUUUGUGUACUUCUCUCAUUUUUAAUACCUUCUCGAUGGUGAUGAAGUAUCUUCAAAAGCUCUUCAUUCAUUGACAUCCACGGAAUGCUUUUUUCAAUUCUUUGUGGUGUAGAUUAGCAGGAGCACCUGUUUGUUAUUUGUCGUUAUUUAAUUAUCUAUUCUAAAUAACCUUAAAGUCACCCGUGGGAGGCAGUUCAAU